GGGCUCUACUAGAUCUGUUUGUCUCUCGAGGUGAGAUUGAUCCCCCAGCCCGUUAGGGCACCAACCGUCUUCCUUGUCGUCAGGCCCACAAAUCCAGAGCGCAUGGGGGCCGGCCACUGCCAUGAUUGGUAGGUUGUCUGGUGGCCGGCCGGCCGGCCGGCGGUCAGUGCGGUCACACAUCCAUGAACCGCCACAUCCGGAUGCGGUGCCGACGACCAAUAGGCUUUGGCUGUACCAAUCCCCACCACAGUGUUAUUGCAUCUGUUCUUUUGCUUCCUGAUUUUGCCAUUAAUCUCUUUAUUCAUCACAUGGCAUCUAUCACGUUGAUUAGAUUUAUAUUGUGGAAUUAAACUCAUUUGUCCGUCUAUGUUGAUUUCAAGGGAAAAAAAAGGCAGACUCCAGCCAUUCAGUUACAAACAUACAAUCCCAUGAAGACCAUCACAAAGACAAAAUCGACAAAUUCACCGGGGCCAAAGCUACUAGGGAACAGAUCAUGAGGAUAAGAUUUUCUCCUGAUGAAAGCACAGGACACAUCACUGUGCUCUUCUAUAAUAAUACAUUCUCUAUAUUUGACCAUUUAUCUUUGGUUCUUCUGGAUUAUGACAUCUCUAUAGCUCACCUUGAAUCAAGACAGCAACAACAGAGGUGUAUUGUCGUGACAGUUAUUCCCUUAAAUUUCUGUUGUGACUACAAAUCGCCAUCACUCACAGAGAAUGGAAAUAAUCAUUCCUCAUAUCAACAGACAUCUCCAGAAGAGAGCCUCAGAGACAUCAUCCUUAUCACCAACCUCGCCAUCCUCCUUAUCACCAACCUUGCCAUCAAUUUUUUUCGUGCUUAAUGCUCCAGAUGGAUCUCACAGUCACAGAAGAUUGCCAGAUAAUUCAUCGAGGCUACUGGAAGAUAAAUCCACCAAAUCCAAUAGCGUCUCCAAUUCGGAUUUCCUAGUCAACAUCUUUACCAAGCCAAGUGGUAACGCAAGACAUACUUCAAGAAGGAAGAGCAAAAAGAAAAGCAAGAAGCACAGUCAAUGUUGUAGGAAACCAAUGGAUGGGCCUGAAGCUAAAUGCACAGAGAGCAACAAUGCUGCCCCUGCUGUCGAUGUGUGUGAUUGUGAUGAUUUGGCACUUUCACCUAAGCAUGUUGGUGACAUUUACUUUGAGGAAACUUUUUCUCCCAGUUCAUCUGUUAAGGAAGCUUCUGAAGAGGCUCCUGAGAGUGACAAUGAUAACGGGUACCCUUGCUGCUCAGGUGGUUCAGCUUCCCGUGCAUCUUACUGUGAUGAGAUGGAACUGUCCAGAUCAGCAAGUUCGUUCCCUGGAUCAUGUGGACAAUGUAAUAGCAGUAACUUCAGGUAUUUGGACAACGCUCAAAAUUCCGUAUUUACAGGGUCAACUCAAGAAACUUGUUUUUCUGGCAGUAUUGUGAGUGGUAAUCAUGAUAGCAAGACUCUGUUGAUAUUAAGAAAUGAACGUGGACCUGAUCCAUGUGAAGCGACAGAAUUUUCCAGCAAUAAGAGUGGAUUUGAUGAGAAUUGGCUAGAGAAGUCUGAUUACGACAGUGGAAUUUGUUCCCAAAAUGGCAUUGGUGCAUGCAAUGGAGUUCAAGCAGUCCAUUUGUGCAGUGACACAAGCAGCGACAAUGAUUUCUGUCUUGUAGUAUCUAGAAAGAGAGCCAGAAAAGAGAAGAAAAUGUCAUUGUGGAGGAGUUAUGGAGAGUGUGCGUCAACAAUUACAAAUGUUCGAAAUGAAAAAUAUGUUGGUCGGGCUCCUAUGCCUAUUGCUAAGGAAGUCACCACCAACAAUUGGUCCUAUAGACAAAAUCAUGUUGAUAGGGUACAUCCUCAGCAUGGAAUUGCACUAAAACACUCCACCAAGAAUUUCAUGCAAAGACCACGUACAGUUUGCAUGGAGACCCAAAAAGGAGUUCAAGCAGAAGAUUCCAAGGUAGGAGCAAGUCUCGAUCAUUUGACAGGCGUGAGAGAAAAAAAACUUGUGGAAAAUCAUCUAGCCAUUUUGACAAAGAACAGCAGCUUUAUUUAAGUAGGAAACUAUCCAAUGCUCUUCACAGCAGAGAAUCAAUCCAUCAUGAGAUGAGAUCAGUUUCUUCUUCUGAACCAACAACUCUGAAGUCGCCUUUGUACUUCAGAAUCUGGUGAAUCAACAGAUAUUACCGUAGGAGCUCUUUCCCUGCAGAAAAGAAGGCUGCUGGAUUCCGUUCAAACCGAUGAUGCCAGUGAAACUAUUUCUGGAGAAUCAUCACUUGGUAUGGCUCCAUCUGUACAUCCCGCAUCACUAGGACACCAAAUUUGAGCAGGCAUGUAGGCAACAGAUGUAGCCUGCAGCAGCACACAUUAUAGAGAUUGAUCUUAUCAUGCCCGUGCUGUUACAACCAUGGCAUCCUGCAAUCAUCACAAGGAACAGAUGCACAUUGUAUUUCUUCAUCAAAAGGUGAAACUAGGAUCAGAUUGGCAAAAUGCAGAACCACAUCCUGCAGGCCUUGAAUCUCCUGUUUCACAUCCCUGGCAACAAUUCAGCAAUUGAAGCCUUGCAGCGAGAACAGCAGAAUAACUAUUACGAACACAGAUUGAUGCGGUAAGGCAAAAAGGGUAAAAUGGCCGCAACAAAAACAUCCACCGCAACCAUGUGAUUCAAAACAUCCGAUUGAGUAGUCUGCACUAAACGUCUUUGCAAAGAUGGUCCACGACCAGCGAUAGCGAUUACUUCUCUCCGAUCUCACCCUCACUUGUUCCUAUGAUGAUGAACGAAUCCUUAACUACUACUCAUACUGAAACAUAUUCACCUCC